AUGGGCCACAGCUUUACAUACAAAGCCCCCUCUGGGGAAGCCUAUGCAGCCAUCUCUCCGGAGGUUCUCAAACAAUACAGGAACGCUGCACCCGCCAAAAGAGACCCAGAUGUCAGUUAUAUAGGCCAUGAUCCCGAUCUGGUACAGCCCAUGAAUCCAACCCACCAUUCGCAAGUCCAUUCUUCCCGCUUACCCCCAUCUCCACUUUCUCCUACAGGAAGAAUGUCUGUUCCUGUCUAUGGAUACGGAUCUUCUUCUCACGGACCACCUCAAGGAGUACCCCAAGGAGCGUCUCAAGGAAUACCUCAAGGAUACCCUCCUCCUGGAACCUACUCUCCUCACCAAGCCGUUCCCCGGUCCUUUAUAGGUUCCCCAAGUAUGGCUCAAAUGCAAAAGAUGCAACAGAUGCACCACAUGUCGCAAGUACAUAGUCAGAUGGCACAUACUCAAUUGUCUCCGACUCAAAUGCCUCUGUCUCCACAAGCAGAAGGAUACUUUGACCCUCGAUCAGGCCCCUUCCCUCAAGACUACGUUCCAGUGCAGAUACAAUCCACCGUUGAAGGCUCUUCGUUACGACGCAGAAACUCGAGUAAAAGUUCAAAGUCUUCCAAAUCUGCUAAAUCGGCGAGAUCGGCGAAAUCUGCAAAACCUGACCCGCCCAGGCGAGCCUCUACCACCCCCUCUCUCCGCCCUAGCUCCUUGUCGCAGACAGAUAUCGAGCUGUACGAAAGUCCGGCGGUGGGGAAGCUCAUUUCUGUGUUGGAAGAGAGCGUGGCAUUGAAGAAGGCUCAGCAGCAGGAGCGCACGAGCCGCUCAUCUAGAUCCACCUCUGUCAACUCCUCUGCUCCCACUACAGUCAGUUCGGCUGCUUCUUCUGAGUCCACAGACACAGCUCAGCGAAAGUACGAGGCGGAAUUUCUGCGACGUGUACAGGCCAAGGUGGAGCUCCGCAACCAAAAGGUCAAGCAGGCAGCUCUUCUUGGCGAGCGAGGCAUUCGUUUGGUUCCACCAAAGAAGCCUGAAACACCUGGAACGCCCAAACCAGCAGGAUGGGGGGAGUACUUUCCUUGGGCCAAGAAAGCAGACGAACCUGCUGCUUCUGACAUUCCCGUGGAGACAGAGCCAGCAUUUGAGUCCCUGGCUGCCCAGUACUACCAGGAUCUAUUUCAGAUGAUGCGAGACCACGAUGUUCCUGCUGUCGUUGGAGACGCUAUUGUCAAGGGAUACGAAGAGGCCAUUAGGAUUGAAAAGGAGAUCAAAGACGAGACGAUCAAACAAAAAAAGGCCAGGGAAGAGGCUGAAAGGAAGGCAGCUACUCCCGUUGCACCUCCUGUUGCCAACACGCCUGCUUUCCUCACCGUCAUCAUUCACGGUGCCGAAGAAGAAAAGGACUAUGGCUACAAGAUCCCCGUCGACAGUAUCAAGACGUUCAAGGAGUUCAAGAAUCUCAUGAUCUUGACUUUCCCGUACAAGGCCAAACAUUGGCAAAAGGAGUGCUUCCAAGUAUUUGAUGAAACAAACAACUAUUUCAUCAUGGGCCAGUUCUGGGACAAGCUCAUCAAACGAGACACCAUUCUGGCCGUUUCCCUGACUCCCUUGCCUCCGGAGAAGGAAAAGGAACCCAAAGACAAAGGUAAACCCGAAUCUCCAGCCACCCCCAUGCCGGGCAAGAAGAAAAAAGAACCGUCCAAGUUCUCCAAGGCCAUUAUGGCUGACUUUGAUAAAAAGAAAUUCAAUCAGAACACCACCAAAAUGUUCAAGAAGUUCGUGGAGGCCUCCACUCGACCGAUUUAA